GAAUGUGUCAGUGUAAUUUAUUUUCUUAAUUUCUUUGUUUUACUUUUUAGUUUAAUGUUUUUUUUUAGUUUUCAUUCUAAAUAGAUCUACAACUGUUUCUUCAAUGAACUUAAUAAAAUAGUUUCGGUGUGAAUAUGGGUACGAGCACAAUGGGCAGUGAUUUACAUUCUGAUAAGCAGGACAAGCUUUUGAAGCUCCAGGCUCGAAAAAAAGAGCUUGAGCAGAUGUUAGCAGCUAAAAAUGAAGAGCUAUACAAACUUUGUGUUCAAGAAGUUCAAUUAACGGGUGUUAUGCCACCGGAAGCGCCUUUGAGCCCAGAGGUACCACAAAGAGAUAGAUUAGGUAGUAUUCGGAGUGUGGAUCGAUCUACAGACGGUACUGAUGUUCAAGAUGGCUCUGAUAACGCUUCUAGACGGAUUAAAGCUUCUAAUGAUCGGCAUGAUGCGGAACACAGCUUACGUAAGAACAUUUCUCAUCGACUAUCUACGCCGUCGAUUUCCGGUGUAUCCGCUAAAAACGUUCAUCCUAGGCAAGUACGCCGUCCCGAAACUAGUUGUUCUAAUUUCUUCCCAUCGCCGCCACAAGAGCGCAACCCUGAAACGUUUUCGAUGCAUCCUUCUCAUACCUAUCCAUCAUUAGCUAAUCGCCACGAAGGUUUGCCUAGUGAUAAUAUACAUAAUGAACUGCAGCAGGGUCCAGUGUACCGCCACCACACUAUGGCAACAGAAUAUACUAACAAAAUAUAUUAUAAUGGCCCUACAGAAGCCCAUAAUGUGUCUCGGCUGAGAGAAACACACUUUAGUUCGAGCCACCCAGAUAUAGCCACUCAUUAUUCACAUGGCACAAUGGCUCAGCAUCCUAUGCCCCAACAGAAUGGAAUGCGAUCAACACCAUUAUUAUAUCAAUAUGCAUCGCAGCUAAAAGCGCAGAGUCAACAUCUAGGUGCAAUUACACAUCACCAUCAAACGCCAGUUCAACCGAAGAGACGACAAGAUGGUGUUCGUAGGAAUACACUUCAGAGAACUCAAACAUACCACCUUACGUCUCACAGUGACUACAACCAUCACUUGGAGAAUAUGACAGAUGCAUAUAGACCUCCUCCAACAAUUUAUCAGCAUAGAUCUCAAACAGACAUACAAGAGCAACCACUAGAUAGAAUACAUGUUCCAAUGGAAAGGAACAUACCUGUCCCCAAUACUCUGCCAUUACGAGAGCGAAAUACAAUACGGAAUCCUCUACAUUUGCAGCUGCAGGUUUCAACUGAUGAUUAUGAUGAUAGGCGGCACUGUCACGACCCUCUCAGUCCUGUCAGUCAAAUGUCAGGGUAUUCACAAAACUUUGACUCUGUCAGCAUGAAUAAAUUUUCCCCUGUCUCUCAUGAUACUAAGUUAAAAGAGAAGCAAUGGUAUGAAACAUCUUUAGAUUCACCUACAAGAGAAAUACCAACCCUAAAGAAGAGCGGCAGCUUGAAACGAACGCCGAGUAUAGGUAAUUCUCAGCCCUACGAAAUAAUGAUAUCGUCUGGGCGGCAUACAGCUAUGCAAAGCCCAAAUCAUGUACCUAAUAGUCCUCCAGUAUUGUCGCCGAGCGCAAUUUCGCUGGAAUCGCCGAAAAAUUUGACAGUGAUAGAACAGGGUAAAUGUAUACCUUACAGAGAAGAAACGAAGCCUUUCGAAAUGUCCGAUUUUUACAAAUAUUCUACAAAAUUCCGGCAAUCUAAUGUUCCUAAAGCACCCCCACCACAUCCAGUACAAAAUGUUAAUAAUGUGUACAAUAAAUUGCCUAUGGAGUUGCCACAUUUUAGCCAAGAACAUUGGCAUGGAACAAGCAAAUAACAGCAUAGUUUUUAAGAUAAACUAUUUUGUUUUAAAUACUUUUAUUAUGCAUUAUUUUGGUUGGUUACUAUAAGUACUUAUUUAAUUGCAACUGAUCUCUGCUAUAUACUGUGUGUAUAUUUUGUAAAGGGG